AUGCCACGAACACUUCGCGUUGCUGUGCUAGAAUGCGACACUCCUAUCCCCUCGGUGAAGUCCAAGCUCGGCGGGUACGGUGAUAUCUUCGAGAGCCUGCUCAAGAGAGGCGUCGAAGCGAACGGUGAUCCGGAAGUGACCGUCGAAGUCAGUAAAUGGCACGUCGUUGAGAACCCGGUAUAUCCGAAUCCCAACGAGGUUGAUGCUUUCCUGCUCACUGGUAGCAAGCAUGAUGCCUUCGCGGAUGACAGCUGGAUCCUUCUUCUGACUGAAUAUGUCAAAGAUGUUGUCCAGACGCACAAGAAGCCCGUUGUAGGCAUCUGUUUCGGACAUCAGAUUCUGGCACGGGCGCUUGGUGCGAAGGUCGGCCGUGGCGAUGGGUGGGAGAUUUCAGUGGACUCCAUCAACCUAACUGAUGUGGGCAAAGAGGUAUUUGGGAAAGACACACUGUACCUUCAUCAAAUGCACAGGGACAUCGUUUUCGAGGUCCCAGAGGGCUGCCAAAACCUUGGAUUCAGUGGGCCAUGUGCUAUCCAAGGCCUUUACAAGCCUGGAAAAAUUAUUAGUGUUCAAGCGCACCCUGAAUUUAACGAAUACAUCAUGACCAACCUCGUGCAGGCAAGACAUGACAUGGGUCUCUUCAAUGACGAGAUGUACCAGAGUGGCUCCUCCAGGGCAGGCAACCAACACGACGGCGAGUUAGUGGCCAAGAGAAUUAUCCAAUUCUUGCAAGAGGCAGUUGCAUAG